AUGGCCGUGGGGCUGAGUGUGGAGCAUCCAUGUGCAGCGAGGCCAUCCCAGGGGCCAGGAGCUGUGAUUGGCGUCUCUGCGAGGCCGAAGGAGCAGCCCCGGCAGGAGCACCCAGGGCCAGUGGGCACCAGCGUGCUCAUCGGGAUACCUCUGGCAAUUCGGUUUCUUCACGGGUGCCGCUGGGACAAGGGGCAGAAGGUGCUCAAGGGAGUGGAUGCUGUGCCUGUGUGGGUGGGAGAGGGAGGGGCUACAGAGUUGAGGCUGGUGGAUGGCGGCAGCCGCUGCGCUGGGAGAGUGGAGGUGGAACACGAGGGACAGUGGGGCACUGUGUGUGAUGAUGAAUGGGACUUGAAAGAUGCUGCAGUGGUUUGCAAGCAGCUGGGAUGUGGGUCUGCUGUUGAAGAGGAUGAAGAUUAUGAGGAUAAAGAUUUUGGGCCAGGAUAUGGCCCCAUUUGGUUGGAUGAUGUUCGAUGUCGUGGCUCCGAGCCUGCCCUGUCCAACUGUACACACAGGGGAUGGGGUGAGCACGACUGUGAUCACGAUGAGGAUGCUGGAGUGAGCUGUUCAGGGUUUGUCCGGCUGGUCGGAGGGGACAACGACUGCUCAGGACACGUGGAGAUCCAUGAUGGGGAGAAGUGGAAAAGUGUCUGUGCCUCAGCCUUUGGUGCCAGAGCUGCUGCUGUGGUCUGCAGGGAGCUGCAGUGUGGGGCAGCCCUGAACAUCCAAGGGGCAGCUCGUGAUGGAGCCAGCGCCGGUGCCAUGUGGGACAGAGAGCUGCAGUGUGCAGGGAAUGAACCCUUCCUCCAGUUUUGCCCCAGAGGCCCCUCCUGCGACCAGCUCUGCACCCCCAGAGCUGCUACUUGGCUCAACUGCACACGGUUCAGGCUGGUGAACGGCAGCACGGCGUGCGAGGGGAGGGUGGAGCUGCACGUGCAGGGGACCUGGGGCAGCCUCUGUGCCUCCCGCUGGCACCUCUCUGACGCCCACGUCCUCUGUGGCCGCCUGGGCUGUGGCUUUGCCGUGUCCCUUCCCAGAGGAGGGAGUUUUGGGAGAGGAACGGGCCCCGUCUGGAGAGACUCGUUCCGCUGCAGUGGGACUGAAGCCCACCUGGGACAGUGCCCAGUGACCGUGCUGGGGGCCUCCCCGUGCUCCCAUGAGGAUGCUGCUGCUGUCGUCUGCUCAGGCCCCGCUGGCUCCGGGUCCCUGCGGCUGGUGGGGGGAGGGAGCCGGUGCGCCGGGCGAGUGGAGAUCUUCCAGCGCGGGACGUGGGGCAGAGUCCUGUCUGAGCAGUGGGCCGUGGCGGAGGCCCGUGUGGCGUGUCGGCAGCUGCGGUGCGGAGAGGCAGAGACGGCCUACAAGCCGCCCACGGCCGAGCGAGGGCCGGGCCCCGUGGGGCUGCGAGGGGUGCGGUGCCAGGGGCACGAGGCCCAGCUGAGCCUCUGCAACGUCUCCUGGCCGGCAGCGGGGGUCGUGGAGGACGUGGGGGUGGUUUGCCAGGGGAGCCGGCGCGUGCGGCUGGCGAACGGGCCCGGGCGCUGCGCCGGGAGAGUGGAGAUCUACUCCCAGGGCAGCUGGGGCAGCGUCUGCGACGACGGCUGGGACCUGCCCGAUGCCGCCGUCGUGUGCCGGCAGCUGGGCUGCGGAGGGGCCGUGCGGGCCCCGGGCUCUGCCGCCUUUGGGGAGGGCUCCGGGCACAUCUGGCUGGACGGCGUCAACUGCUCCGGGGCCGAAGCCGCUCUCUGGGACUGCCCGGCCGGGCCCUGGGGGCGGCACGACUGCGGGCACAAAGAGGACGCCGGAGCCGUCUGCUCAGAGUUCACGGCCCUGAGGCUGGAGAGCAGCGACGGCUGCUCUGGGCGCCUGCAGGUUUUCUACAACGGGACGUGGGGCAGCGUUUGCUCCAACUCCAUGACCCCCAAAACGGUGUCACUGGCGUGCAAGGAGCUGGGCUGCGGGAAGAAAGGGACCCUGGAGAUACAAGGGCCACGGGGCAGAGUGUCUGGCGCCGCCUGGCUGGACCGUGUGGAGUGUGAGGAGAGACAUGGCUCCUUCUGGCUGUGUCCCUCCGAUCCCUGGAACCCGCGGUCGUGCGACGAGCUGCGAGAUGUGACCCACAUCACCUGCCGUGGGACACGGCCCAAAAUGACCCCAACCCCGGGCUCCGCGUGCCCCAACGCCACGAGCUGCACAGACAGGGAGAGGAUCCGCGCCGUGGGAGGAGAGGACGGCUGCUCGGGCCGGGUGGAGCUGUGGCACCGCGGCUCCUGGGGGACGGUGUGCGACGACACGUGGGACGUGCGGGAUGCCGAGGUGGCCUGCAGGCAGCUGGGCUGUGGGCCCGCCGUGGCUGCCCUGCCCGAGGCUGCCUUUGGGGAGGGCACAGGCCCCAUCUGGCUGGAGAAGGUGGAGUGGGAGUGUCGGGGCACAGAGGCGGCUCUGCAGCACUGCUGGGCCUGGCCCAGGGACCGCGGGCUCUGCCGGCACAAGGAGGACGCGGCCGUGCGCUGCGUGGAUCCCACUCGGGGCCGCCCGACCAGCAGCAGAAGCGUCUCGUUGCCCGUCAUCAUGUGCAUGAUCCUGGGAGCCCUUGUCUGCCUGCUGCUGGCCCUCCUGGCCUGGAGAGUGCUCAGCGCCAGGGCUGAGCGCAGAGGCUCCCAGACAGCCCCGGAGCCCUUCCCUGAGGCGGUGUACCAGGAGGUCGGUUACAGCCCUGUGUGGGAGGAGCAGGCGAGAUUCAGCCCAUCAGGCUCCUAUUCGGAGGGGUCACUGACCAAACUGCAGCUCCAUCACAUGGACAGCGAGGAGGAAGAUGGUCUGGGGUCAGCACGAGCCACCAGUGUCUGA